AUGGCCCCAGCGGCCCAGCGAAUCCGAGCUGACGUAUCGGGCAUCUGCCAUCUUGCAUCCGACAUCUCAGCGACACGAUACUCCCGUAUUCGUACACGGACGUCCGUCCUCAACAACAUGGUCUGCAGCAGAUGCGCAAAGCUCGUGACGGGCACCACCCUCGCCACGCCAGGCGUCAAGAAGAGGAGCGAGCUCUACCACGGCUCUCUCGGCUCUUCGUCCUCUGCGGGCGCGAAAAAGGCGUCCACGCUGGGCCAGACGGGCAUCGGAAAGAGCAAGCUGACAUCCAAGAGUGCCAAAAACCCAUAUGCACAAUACGCAAGCUCCUGUGACAAGUGCAAGACAAAGGUCUCUCAAGGCCACAAGUACUGCCAUAAUGUGAGGAUUUCCGGUGUUGUGCUCUUAGCAGUUGGAGGUUGGUGCUAA